GACGAUGACGUUCUACGCUCUCUCUUCAUCUUCCUUCUGCCACAAUACUCGCAUUCCUGCUAUCAGCUUCUCUCAUCUGUCUCGUAAUGGUGUUAAUAAACUUACACUUGCUCCACCACAGUUUUUGAAUGCCGGCGGGAGCCUCCGUGGUGAGUUCCCGAGUGUGAGACUUAGGGUUUGGACGAGGUGCGAGAAAGAAAAUGCAAAGAACGAUGAUGAAGCGGAGCGAUUCGCGAGGCGAGAGAGCACGAUGCCUGAUAGAUUCAGGUACUUGACCAAAGAAGUUCAAGACAGUCCUACUAGAUGGCCUUGGUUCGUCGAACUAUCCAACUGGAGAAACGCAGCUUUCGCUAUCCUUAGAUUACUUGGAGACCUUUCCAAGUUUGCAUUGGCCCUCGUCUUCCACUUUAUAGGCGAUCCCAUCACUUGUCUCAUCGCUUUUGUUGAGACUGCAAUCUACAGCAUCCGGUCGUUCUACUCCGGGAUUGUUGCAUACACACCUGUGAGAGAGUUAACCACGGUGAUCCUUCUUGCAUCCUCUGUGCUUGCAAUAGGAGAAACAGUUGCUCCAAACUCGAUCAGCAAGCAGCCGUAUUUAGUUACUCUUGCUGGUCUCUUGGGGUAUGCAGUUGUGCAUAGCUAUAUCUCAGAGCCAUUCUUCUGGACUGUCUUGGUGGGUUUGUAUGGAUAUUCGCGGUUGAUAAAGAAGAGAGACCAUGUGACCUCGGCGCUACCUUGUGCAGCUGUUCUGGCAGGAGUUGGGGAGCCUUGGGUGAGAGUUGUGGCAAUCACAGGGUAUUUAGCUCUAGCCAUGUAUCACCAUUCAACUAAAACCUCAUCUGAAGAAGAUAGACAGAGCUUGGGGAAGGCGCCACCAGUGCCAUUGUUGGCCGCAGCCUUGGCCAUUGGCGUCCGGCUUGCUGCAAAGUGGGCUGGUUACAGGCACUUGACUUGGAUGUUUGUUUGAUUUAUCUGAUUCAAGUUUUGUGAAACAAAGAAACCAACAAAACUAUAUA